AUGAACUUUCUCCUUGUUUAUAUUUUCAUUCUUCAAUUGAUUGUUGCAGAAGCUAAAUUUCUUGUAGUUAGGGCAGAUACGUCGGUUGCAAAUACUACAAGUGUUACUACUCACACAUCUAUCACUUCAGUUACUGAAACAACCACACCAGCUCCUCCACCAUUCCCAAUCACAAACACCACUACCCACGAAACUACUACCACCGCACCAAGUAACCAUACUAAUACCACAACAAUUCCAGUUGCUCUUGGUGAUACCUUGCAAGUCCCAUUGAUUUUGUUGUUGGCUUGCGGUUUAUUCCUUUAA